ACGGCGAGACUAUUAUUGUAUGUCUCUGUGUAUGGUAGAGUAAUGUCUUUGCGCUGAAGUAAAGUUUCCUUGGUCGUCUGCAGUGGUCUAAGUGUUUCGUUCCGCAUUGUUGUUGAUUUGUUUCUUAAUCAAUUUGUUGUAACCUUCAGCCUGUUAAUUUGGGAAUGGGAAACACUGUAACAGCCGCCCAGGUGGCGGCUUCCCAAAUAACUGGGCCAUACGACACAAAGGGUUCAGUACAGUCAGAUGGUUUCAAUAAAUCUGCAAGGAUGUAUGGCAAUCCGCCGGCAGGCUGCCCCAUGCACAAGGAAGAAGAGGCAAAGGCAACAGUAUCUGAGUGCCCCGUGAAUCAUGGCGAUUUCGAUAACACUGUCAACCCACUCAACAUGAUGCCCGCACCAAAUCAGCAUCCAGCACCAGAUCAGCCAUUCCCGCUUUCAACACAGAGGCAGACUUCAUCUAUACCUAAAGCAGGCUCUGAAAAUGAAUAUUGGGUCUAUCCAUCAGCCCAGAUGUUUUGGAAUGCUAUGCUGCGCAAAGGAUGGCGAUGGAGAGAAGAGGAUAUCUCGGAGAAAGAUAUGAAUGAUAUUAUUCGUAUCCACAAUGCCAAUAAUGAACAUGCUUGGCUGGAAGUUUUGAAGUGGGAAGCUCUGCAUGCUCAUGAAUGUGGUAAACCAAAGUUAAAGAGCUUUGGUGGACGAGCCAAAGAUUACUCUCCACGUGCUCGUAUACGAAGCUGGCUUGGGUAUGAGCUUCCUUUUGACCGACAUGACUGGAUUGUUGAUCGCUGUGGAAAAGAAGUCCGAUAUGUUAUAGAUUAUUAUGAUGGUGGGUCUGUCAAUCCAAAGGAUUAUACAUUUGCUCUCCUUGAUGUCCGUCCUGCAAUGGACUCGUGGGAGAACAUCUGGGAUCGUAUGAGGGUGGCGUACUGGCGAUGGAUGUAUAGCAGUGAAGAAACUGUCACUGAAGGGGCAUCCAAAGUUGGAAACUGAUGUUAGUUAAAGAGCGUUCAGUGAUUUAGUAUAAACUGUCUGUACACUUGUACUUACUAACUGUUCAUCAGUUUUGUGUGUUUGAACAGCACUCAACUGGCAUCAUAGGUAUUUUGCCACUGGCAGACACGAGCAGUAUUCGUUGUGGAUUAAUAUUUUGCAGUUAUGGGUCACACAUUUUUGUGAUUUAUUCUUUAAUGUAACAAUGAAUCUUUUUACAGUAAAUUCAUUAGUUGACAAUUUUAUGUAAAAUGAUGGUUUUUUAUCAACAUUAUUUAUUCUACUGGAUCCACUUGAUGCUGUUGUCAUUGUUUAAAAUAAAUUGUUCUAAAUGGAUUAUGAUAACACAGCUAAAAUAACUGAACAGAACUGCAUAAUGUUACGAACAUAUUGCAGUGAGAAUCUCCAUGACUCUUAGGACUCAGUUAACUAAUAAGGUAACUGAAAAGGAGACAAAAAGAACUUUAGCAAAAUACAUACUAUAAACUAGGUGUUUGUUUGAUUGAAUGUACGUCACGAGAGAGAGAGAGGAGAGAGAUUAAUGUUUAUCAAAGAAUUAUAAUGACUUUAUUCAUGUAGGUGAUAAAGUUUUUAUUUCAUUCUUCUCAGUUUUAAAAUAAACAUGUUUGUUUUCAUGUUAAAAUUUUGCAACACAUGAAUUUUUAGAUUUAUAUAGAGUUUGAUGUUGUUUCUGGCAAAUGGAAUUAAAUUGUGGUAUUGUAAGAAAAUGACUGUGGUUACAGUUAAAUAUAACAUGCAAGUGUAUUCUCUAAAUCAUAAAUGCUGUUAAUUAUGAUGUUCUGUCACUUCUGUGAAUGGAUACAUUGUUAUUUAAGCAACAGCUUGAGUAACACUUUGUUGGUUCUCUUUUGUGUGACCCCCUUACAGGUCAGUCAUAAAUGAUUCUGUGGUGUCUGCACCUGGUUUACAAGCCAUCUCAAUUACUCCAUUUCUAGUCUUGUACAAUUAUAAUCAGUGGCAUAACUUUUCAAAUAAAAAGUACAGUUAUCAUU